AUGUUUGUUGAAUUGAAUGUGGUUACAGGAUUAGAUUUAUAUCAAAAAGGUGUCACAUGGACUUCUGAAGCCCCUAUAACUAUACGUCAAUUAAAAAAAAAACGUGACGCGUUUUGGGAAACUGCUCCUAGUUAUGAAGGUUAUAAAGUAAUUUGGGAUGCUCUACGUCAUGCUUGUGAAUCUACUGACACAGAGUAUGCUCAAUUAAUACUUAACGCUGCUAAAAUAACAAUACCAACCGGUAACUUGGUUGAUGGUUGUUACGAUGAACUUGGAAACAGAUAUGCAAUUCCUGCAUAUUGCCUUGUUGAUCCUACAAACCUUAUUCGUAAUGAAGAAGAAAAUUCUGAUGAUGAUGAAACUAUUCCUGUUCUAUUAUUAGAACAAUCUACUACUGAAUUACUUCCGGUUAUAAUAAGGUUAUCCAAUUCUGCUGAAGAUAUACGAAUUAACGUUAAUCCUAAAAUAGAUACAAUUGAUACUUUAAAGUUAAAAUUAUGUGUAAAUCAAAAAAUUGAUCCUAAAAAAUUUAUUGUUAGAAUUUUCUUUCUUGGUUCUUUAUUGGAUGGAAAAACUAAAUUGUCUGAUGUAAAAUUAGAUCAAGGACAAAUUUUACAAGCAUUGAUUAGUGAAAUUCCUUAA